AUGGCGAGGCUCAACGAAGUACCAAUGUCUUCGGACAGCCUCGAAACGCUUCGCAAGAAGAUGUUACGACAGAAUAGGGAUCUCGCAAAAUCAAACAAUGUACGCGCUUUGCGGAUCAGAGAGUUGGAAAGUGAAUGCGCCCUCAUGCUUUCUGAGAACUUGGAGCUUCGAAGUCGCAUCCUGGAACUCGAGAAACAGGUCGAAGACAACGAGGCGAGACGGAUCGCAGAUCAUGCGCUGGCAAUCAAGGCCAAGCUGGAAUCGCAACUAACGGAAUGGGGGACGCUCUUGUCCGGGUUGGGCUUGGAACCCCCUAUGAAAAGACAUUCUCCUCGAAUUCAGAAAUCUAUCAAACAACGCAUGAGCUACAUUGCAGGUAGACCUAGCCCUUCUCAACGGAGAUUGCGCGAUGUUGCUAGGGAUAUCGAAGAGCUGGGCCACAUAUCUGAAAACAGGUCAUCUUCACGGCAAUCUCUGAACCCUGAACAAAUCCGGGCUCUGAGAUCUGAAGCCGACUCUGCCGAACUAGAGGCUCCCGCCAAACAACCACUGAUUGAACAGGAGCCAACAAAAGUCGACUCUCCUCCACGAGCUGCAUUAGCAACAAAGGACGUGUCCAGUCCGAGGAGACUAAUAGAGCCCCCGAUUUCACUUCCAUCUCCCCGAUCCAGUAAAAUAGCCGAUGCGCCGUUACCAUCGCCGGAAAAGAAGAGAACGGAACCUAGUAACCGACGACAAAAUCCUAUACUACAACCUAGCACACCGGCACCAGAGCAUAUCGCCGCUCCAGUCAAGACCGGAUCAAAAAGGAAAUUCGCACAGGAUGAGACAGAAAACACCGCACCCCGACAAUUGACGAAUGAGAAUAUAGCACCGCGGGGUAUGGCAGACAAGGUUUCUAUUCGAGAAAAGGCUGGAGGCAAGACAUUGAAGGAACUUGCGCAUAUGAGGAAAGAAGCUCGAGAGAAGCAUGUGACUACUGGCAAUAGUCGCAAACCCCUGGCUUCAAAGAGUACCAAUGACGAUGUUAGCUCACCCCGAAAGAAUCCCAAACCAAUUGCGAUAGACGAGGUUGGCACGGGAAAAGCAGAGCUGGCAAAGUCGAAGCCGACCAAGGAACGAACGAAAUCCAAGGCCAAGAUGAAUGCUGCCGCCAAACUAGAAAUUCCCCCGCCGGUCACGAAGACUGUGAUAGCUGACCUGGCCACAACGGUCUCAGAACCAGCCGUGACGUCGCCAAAGUCACCGGAACCAGCGCUUGGAGGGGAUGACCCAAGAGGUGAUACUCCGCCACCUGUUGAUAUAUUUUUGAAUGGCGAGACUUCGCGGGCGAGCAGAAGGAAUAGGACAACUAUCAGCUACGCAGAACCAAACCUCAGAGAUAAGAUGAGGCGGCCAACCAAGGAGCUCUUUGAUGCAGUGGCGGGAGAGGGCAAAUAUGCUCGAAGGGCCAGUCAAUGUGAUCUACCAACGUCUGAGGGUCCCAAGAUUAAGCGUGAGUCUGACGUUGGGGAUUCUUUGAGGCGCAUUCCUCCGACGAGCGACGAGUUUGAGGCGCCAGAGCCGGGAAGCAUUCCAGCUAGUCCUCUCGCAAAAAAGAGCUCGGCCCAAGACGCAUCUGCAGCGGUCAUUACAGAACGUCGUCGGCCGGCCUCAAGGGCGGGCGAGUUUGCCGCAGAUCUCAACCUUGACGCCGAUGAAAACGAGAGCGGCGACGUUGAUGUCUAUGAGUUCACCAGCUCAUCACCACAGAUCGAUAACAAUGCACCUACGGAGACGACGAGGGCCACACGACGUCGGGGGGCAAAUACGCGGCGGCGAUCAGCAGCCGUUGAUAGUGAGGAGGACAGCUCUGUCAAGGAGCGAAGUGUGUCUCGGCGGCGAAGCAUGAUGGUAUAA